AACCUUAAAUAUGCACGCUUGCCUGUCCUCGGGUUUACAUAACACGAACGAGAGCAGUGGGGAUUGUACAUUAUGGUGACGAGGAAGUUAGUUGUCCGAAGUAACGUGAACGAUUCUUGCAGUCUAAUGCAGCCUUUUGUGGGGAAGUUCUCCGCUUGUGAAUAGAUAUUGACUUUAACUUGGCCUAGAAAUAGGCUAUCUGUUUUAGAAAGCAUAACGUUACAUGAAUAAGUUUAGCGCUGUGCAUUUUAGGCGCAGCCUGCGUGGUUUAGUGGUUAAAACUGUUUUCGAUAGGCUUCACGCGCCAUGUAGCCCCACGUACACGUUUAAAUUGAAUUUAAUGUGUUUUCGGCUAAUAUUUGAUGUUUCCGUGAUGGGCAACGUUAUGUGUGCGACGAUUCUAAUCCAAAAGACUGGUUCCGGCUUCGGUUUCUUCGUCUUUCUUUAAAAACACGAGAUUGCAGCGUGCCUUGGAAGAUGUCCUGGGAUGAGCUGGAAGCCCUCUGUCGCAGAGAAAGACUCCACUGUAAACAGCUGGGGGUGAACAGAACCAAUCCCAAUGAGUAUGAUGUGGAAUUCCUCUGCGACUACAAGAAGACCAAGGAGGAGGAGUUGUACCUGGUAAAGUGGAGGGGCUUUCCAGAGUCUGAUAACACCUGGGAACCUAAGAGGAACCUCAAAUGCCCCAAACUGAUGAAGCAGUUCCACCGGGACCUGGAGCAGGAGCUGAGGCGCCACAAGAGACGCUGCACCCCUAAAAGACUGGAUAAGGAAGUUGCCUCGUACCUGGUCCAAAAAGCCAAACUCCGUCAGAUUUUGCAGCGCUGGGAGGCCCAUUUGAAUCAGACACGCAACCACCCAGGUCGCAUUUUUGUCCUAAACGAAGUGGACUUUGAGGGCCCCCCAAAAAACUUCACCUACAUCAACAACUACAAAGUAGGCCAGGGCAUUGUGUUAGAUGAGAUGGCCGUGGGCUGCGAGUGUAAGAACUGUUUAGAGGAGCCGAUAAAUGGCUGCUGCCCUGGGGCCUCCCUGCACCGCAUGGCCUACAAUGACAAGGGUCAGGUCCGGAUCCGGCCGGGACAGCCCAUUUACGAGUGUAACUCUCGAUGCAGCUGUAGCCUCGAUUGUCCGAACAGAGUGGUGCAGAAGGGCAUCCAGUUCGACCUGUGCAUCUUUAAGACGGAGAACGGCCGGGGGUGGGGUGUCCGCACGCUGCAGCAUAUCAAGAAGAACACAUUUAUCAUGGAGUACGUGGGAGAGAUCAUCACGACGGAUGAAGCCGAGAGGAGGGGUCAUGUGUACGACCGGCAGGGCUCUACGUACCUGUUUGACCUGGACUACGUGGAGGACGUGUACACAGUGGAUGCAGCUCACCAUGGCAACAUCUCCCACUUUGUCAAUCACAGCUGUAACCCCAACCUGCAGGUAUAUAAUGUGUUCAUCGACAACAUUGAUGAGAGACUCCCGAGAAUUGCCCUAUUUUCAACACGGGCUAUUCGGGCAGGAGAAGAGCUCACCUUUGACUACAAAAUGCAAAUUGACCCGGUCGAUACAGAAAGCACCAAAAUGGACUCCAGUUUCAGUCUCGCGGGGCUCCCCAGCUCUCCGAAGAAGCGGAUUCGAGUGGAGUGCCGGUGUGGAUCGGACUCAUGUCGAAAAUACCUGUUCUGACAAAGGACUGCUGAGAACGCAACACUGACCGCAGUGGCAAGAUGAGGAACCUUGUACAGAUUUGUAUAUGAAUAAUUUUUUUUUUUUUUAUGAAAACUGAAAUACACCCUCAACAUUUUAUAUGUGAACAUAUGACAAACUCUUACCAAGAUGAAAACUAGAAUUUCACAUCUGUGAUUUCCUUGAACAGAGCUGCUCUGUUUCCACUGAAUUGAACCCUGCUUCAGUGGAUUAUUUGAGUACUUGAUUCCAGUGAUUUUAAAUAUCUUUCUAUAAUUAAGAUAAGCACGUCUAUUAGCCCAUCCCUAGAUGGCAGUACACCGAAUGACGGAUAUUUACUUUUUGAGUAAAUCAUAUUCUGUGCUCGCUUUCUCUGUGCUGUAUAAAUGUAUUCUACAAGGACAUUAAAUGGACAACUGCCCGAGCCUGUUCAUCACUGUUCAAUGAUAAUUCCGGUUUAUUUUAGCUUGUUUU